UGAUAUCCUAGCAUCAACUUGGCGUAUCAACUUCGUGAAUCAACACAAGCCGACCGCAAUAUUCAACGAAAGUCUCUGAUCUGAUCCACCGGUUCUUAACCUCAUUUCAUUGUCCCAACCCCCAUCUCUUCACUUACCUUGAACAAUAUCGCGCCAAAGCGGGGCAGAGCACGAACGAGCACGCGAUGGCGGAUUUGUCGACUCGAUACCCGCGCAUUGUCAUCGAGUUCUGUACGGCCUGCAAAUGGAAUCUGCGAGCCGCCUACUUUGCUCAAGAGUUGUUGCAAACUUUUAGUACGGACUUGGGAGAAGUCUCGCUGCAGCCAGGAACGGGAGGUAUCUUCAAGGUUCAUCUCUAUGACGAAGAGCCUGGUCCAACUGAGGAGGAUGAGGCAACUAUCGAAGAGUACCUGUUAUGGGAUAGAAAAGCGGAAGGUGGUUUUCCGGAAACCAAAGAGCUCAAGCGCCGAGUAAGAGACAUUAUAGACCCAAACCGUAACCUCGGUCAUGUCGACGGAAAGAAAUCAAUACCCUCCGCCCCUCCCCAAAAUCCAACACCUCAAAAUGCGAGCAGCUCCACCAAACCCCAAAACUAUAUGGGCAACCCACCCAUCCCACGCGCCUUAAACCGUCUCCAGCACCUCUCGGUCGAAGAAUCGCACCCCAGUGCAGAGAGAAAAUUCACGCCUAUGGAUGUAGAUGUUAACUCGAGACCUACGAGCAGUAAAGGAGACGCUGGAGAAGGAGAGGUGUUGAACUCGAGGGGAAAGAUUGUGAUUACCGGGGACAGUGAGGGAGGCGGGUAUUGUAUGCCUGGAGAUGAUUGUGGUUGAUGAUUCACCAACACGCUCGACUUAUAGAGCAGUACAAGGAAGGAGAUUGAAGGGAGUAUGUAGAAUAUGUACAUUUGUUUCAUAACCCCUGCAUGAUGCAAUGACCUCCUCCUCCACCUCCACGUGGAAGCUGCGAAAGUCUCGCUCGCGGCUUAAGGAGAACGCCUUCCCUUCAACACUGUAUCUCAAUACCCCGUUCUUCCUCCCUUUUCUCUGUAUUAUCCUAUCCCUCCCAGCGCCAUGACACUUAGCAAUCCUCUUCAAUUCUUCCUACCGGCGCUACACUGCUUAACCACCUCGUCCUUCGUCCCCUUCGACUCUGGUGUUACAGUCUCCUUCCACUUCUCACCAGACUUCCUUCCUCUCACCAGUACCUCUCUCUUUCCCCCCUCAACGGGUUCUAGCU